UCUUCGGGAGGAAAGGCAGAGACUGACAUGGAGCUGGGGAAGUAUCUGACUGGCCUCAUCUUGGCUGUCACUCUUCUUCAAGGUACUAUAGCCCAGAAGAAACAAGAAGUUCCUGUGGUAAAAGUAGAUGACAAUCGAGAAGAUGGUUUGGUAUUUCUGAUUUGUGACUCACAAGACACAAAUGUCACAUGGUUUAAAGACGGGAAGGCAACAACUUCGUCGCAUAAAAAUAAAAACAAGUUUGAUCUGGGAAGCAGUAUCAAGGACCCUCAAGGGAUAUAUCAGUGUCAAGGAUCAAAGAACAUUUCAAAACCACUCCAAGUAUAUUACAGAAUGUGUCAGAACUGCAUUGACCUGAAUGCAGGCACUGUAUCUGGCUUUGUCUUCGCUGAAAUCAUCAGCAUUUCCUUCCUUGCUGUCGGGGUUUACUUCAUUGCUGGACAGGAUGGAGUUCGCCAGUCAAGAGCUUCAGACAAGCAGACUCUGUUGUCCAAUGACCAGCUUUACCAGCCCCUCAGAGAUCGGGAAAAUGACCAAUACGGCCACCUUGAAGGAAAGCGAUUGAGGAAAAACUGAACUCAGGACUCAAAGUAGGUGUUCUCCCUUUGAACAGUUCUCAGAAACAUGGCAAUACGUUUUGGAGCACUCCUAGCAAAGAGACGGUCAGCCCUAAAUCUAGAUUCAAGUCUCCCAAAGGUGACAAAUGGAGAAGAAAAGCCCAUCAGGGCAAAUUUGGAUUUUUCUCAAAAUAAAUAAACUAAAAGUAAAGUAAAAAUAUGUAUGGUGUUGCAGGAGCGCCACCUAUUGGGAGGUAAUUUUUCUGUAAAAGAAAACUGAAAUGGUCAAAUA